AUGGGUCCCUGGCCCCCCUCCGCGCUCGCCGCCCUCCUGCUGCUGCUCUGCGGACUGGGCACCGCGCACGGCGACACCCCUGCCAACUGCACCUACCCCGACCUGCUGGGCACCUGGGUCUUCCAGGUGGGCCCCGCGGGCGCCCAGAGCCAGGUCAACUGCUCCUCGGCGAUGGGACCACCAGAGAAGAAAGUCGUGGUGCACCUUAAGAAGCUGGAUACAGCCUAUGAUGACUUUGGCAAUUCUGGCCAUUUCACCAUCAUUUACAAUCAAGGCUUUGAGAUUGUGUUGAAUGACUACAAGUGGUUUGCCUUUUUUAAGUAUAAAAAAGAGGGCAGCAAGGUGACCAGCUACUGCCAUGAGACCAUGACCGGCUGGGUACACGAUGUGCUGGGCCGGAACUGGGCUUGCUUCACCGGAAGGAAGAUGGGCACUGUGGCGAAGAAUGUGACUGUGGACGCUGCCCACCUUGAGGGUCUCCGGGAAAAGUAUUCCAAUAGGCUCUACCAAUAUAAUCACUACUUUGUGAAAGUGAUCAAUGCUGUUCAGAAGUCUUGGACUGCAACCACAUACCCGGAAUAUGAGACUCUUACCCUGAGAGAGAUGAUUAGAAGAAGUGGUGGCCACAGACAGAGAAUCCCCAGGCCCAAACCUGCACCACUAACUGCUGAAAUACAUGAAAAACUUUCAAGUUUGCCAACAUCUUGGGACUGGAGAAAUGUUGAUGGUACCAAUUUUGUCACCCCUGUUCGAAACCAAGCAUCUUGUGGAAGCUGCUACUCAUUUGCUUCUAUGGGUAUGCUGGAAGCAAGAAUACGUAUCCUAACCAACAAUACCCAGUCGCCAAUCUUGAGUCCUCAGGAGGUUGUGUCUUGCAGCCAGUAUGCUCAAGGCUGUGACGGCGGCUUCCCAUACCUCAUUGCAGGAAAGUACGCCCAAGAUUUCGGGCUGGUGGAAGAGUCAUGCUUCCCCUACACAGGCACUGACUCGCCAUGCAAAGUGAAGGAGGACUGCUUUCGCUACUACACGUCCGAGUACCACUAUGUGGGCGGUUUCUACGGGGGCUGCAACGAAGCCCUGAUGAAGCUUGAGCUGGUUCAUCACGGGCCCAUGGCAGUUGCUUUUGAAGUCUAUGACGACUUCCUGCACUACCACCAGGGGAUCUACCACCACACUGGUCUGAAGGACCCUUUCAAUCCAUUUGAGCUGACGAAUCACGCUGUCCUGCUGGUGGGCUAUGGCACUGAUCCAAAAACUGGGCAGGAUUACUGGAUUGUGAAAAACAGCUGGGGCACCAGCUGGGGUGAGCAAGGUUACUUCCGGAUCCGUAGAGGCACUGAUGAGUGUGCAAUUGAAAGCAUAGCCAUGGCAGCCACGCCAAUUCCAAAAUUGUAG